AUGGCUUUCUGGGCAGGAAUAAGUCAGGCACGAAGAACAAGUGCACCGGUAAACACAGCACACAAUUACAGCUUCAUUCUCCAUGAAUCUAUUUUAUUCUACGAAGCCCAGCAGGCUGGUUAUCUGACAAAUAACAGGAUUUCUUGGAGGAAAAAUGCUACUUUAUUGGACAGAGGUAUUAACGGAGAGGACCUAACCGGCGGAUGGUAUGACGCUGGUGACCUUGUGAACUUUAACCUCCCUAUGGCGGGUUCCACCACAAAUCUUGCCCUUGGUUUAUUUUACUGGAAAGACGCCUAUCAACAAGCUGGGGAGCUUGACAAUAUGUACAACUCAAUCAAAUGGUCAUUGGACUACUUUCUAAAAUGUUGGAAUUCCAAUAAACAAAUUUAUUAUGCACAGGUUGGUAAUGGUGAACAGGACCAUUCUCUCUGGAGACGAGCAGAGGACAUAAAAACAGCCAGACCCGUCUAUUAUUUGGAUAGCAACAAAAAAGGAAGUGACGUUGUAGGAGAGACGGUAGCAGCCAUGGCCGCUGGGGCUAUGGUCUUUAAAGAUAAAGAUGCAGCAUAUUCUCAAAAACUUCGCUCCAGUGCCGAGAGUUUGUACAGUUUCUCUAAGAAAAUUAAAGGCGUAUACAACGAUGACAUUAGUGACGGGGCUAAAUUCUACAAGUCCACUAUUUAUCAAGAUGAAAUGUGCACCAGUGCAACUUUACUCUACCUGUUAACGAAUGAUGCCACCUAUCUAACUGAAGCCGAGGCUGCUUAUAACGAGUAUGCUAGCGAUAUAGCUCCCUGGGCUUUUGACUGGGACGAUAAAACUGCUCUGUGCCAAGUCCUCCUGUAUGUAACCACCAAAAAACCUAUAUACAAAUCUAGGACCGAGGCAUUUGUGACGUCAUACAUGCCGGGUGGCUCCCUGAACUAUACUAAUUGUGGCCUAGCUUUUAGGUUGGAGUGGGGGUCACUAAGAUACUCUGCAAAUGCCGCUUUCAUCUCGCUUCUAGCAGCGCAAAAUGGCAUUGGAAAUGCCGACUCUUACAAGACAUGGGCAAUGUCACAGAUUCACUACAUGGUCGGCGACAACAACAAAAACUUUAGUUACUUUAUAGGCUAUGGAUCAAGUUACCCCUUAAAGCCGCAUCAUCGUGAUAGGUACAUAUAA